GCAUCCUCAGUUGAGGUCCUAAUCCUCCCAACCUCGGGCCAAAAAGACCUGGGCCGGGGUUGGGGGAUAAAAAGGUAGGGUUACCUAAGAUGAGAGACUCUCUGUGUGCCCCCUCCCACUGAAGGCGCCCCCUCCCUUCUCUGGUGGUGGAGGCCUUUUAGCUAUUCCCCGAACUCCAAUCUCACUCGAAGGGCCCUGGGAAGCCAGGGGCAGGGACAGCUGCAUUUCUCGCAGCGGGCCACUAGGAAGCUUGCCGGCGCCUCGCAUUCUCCUCCUCCCGCCCCAGUCGGAGCCAGAGCCGGAACAGGAGCCCGGGAUUGCGCCCCAUUCCCCAGCCCCGUGUCCCAGCACCGCCGCCCCAUCCCGCCCGUGGCUUUCCGGGGCCACGAGAGGCGGGACUCGCACUCCAUCCAGGCGCCAGGGAGGAGAGUGGAGGAGCGCUCCUCGCUUGUCUUGGGGCUUGGCUCAGGUGUCACCUGGUACAGGAAACCUUCACAGAUUUCUUCUAGGUGGAACCCAUCAUCAGGUCGGGAUUCACCAUGUCUCAACGUUUAGGCUGACAGUCAAGGCACCAUCAGACAACCCUGCCUCUCCCCAUCCCCUCAUCCUCAGGACUGGAUGACGCCAAACACCGAGAAGUCCCUGAGGGCCACUUCACAGCAUGACCACUUAGCCUCCUGACCGGGAGGCCCUGCCACCCCCCCCGUGCCCUGUUCCCACCUCCCCACCCCAGGUGGUGAGGGUGUGACAUUUAAGAGCAGUGGGGGGUGGGGGGUGGCAGCGGCAGAGGCGGGGGGACAGGGAGGGCUGGGGGAAAUCGAUUUCGACACCAGGUUGAAACAUUUUCCCCAAACAGUUCUGCAAAAUGACGAGCCUGUUCCGCAGGAGCAGCAACAAUGGCGGGUCGAGGGGUGGGGGGAGCGCCUCGGCCCAGGAGCUCAACAACAGCCGGCCAGCCCGGCAGGUCCGGCGCCUGGAGUUCAACCAGGCCAUGGAGGACUUCAAGACCAUGUUCCCCAACAUGGACUAUGACAUCAUCGAGUGUGUACUCCGCGCCAACAAUGGCGCCGUGGAUGCCACCAUUGACCAGCUGCUGCAGAUGAACCUGGACGGGAGCAGCUACGACGAGAGCUCUGACUCGGAUGAGAGCAUCCCUCCGGAGAUUUUGGAACGGACUUUGGAACCAGAUAGCUCUGAUGAAGAGCCCCCACCAGUGUAUUCACCUCCUGCCUACCACAUGCACAUGUUUGACAGGCCUUAUCCCUUGGCUCCCCCAACCCCACCUCCCAGGAUAGAUGUGCCUAGUGCUGGGGUUCCCCCAACCCAGAGGCGCUACCGCAACUGGAACCCCCCACUUCUGGGCAACCUCCCUGAUGACUUCCUUCGAAUUCUGCCCCAGCAGCUGGAUAGUUUACAGAAUACCCAGAGUGGCCCCCCAAAGCUAGGGCUUGGGGAGGUCAGCCAACCCAUGGCGGGAGGCCUGGAGGAGGAAUGCCGCUGGAAGCAGUACCUGGAAGAUGAGCGGAUUGCCCUCUUCCUGCAGAAUGAAGAGUUCAUGAAGGAGCUUCAACGGAACCGAGACUUCCUCCUUGCCCUAGAGAGGGAUCGAUUGAAAUAUGAGUCCCAGAAAUCCAAAUCCACCAGCAUGGCCGUCAGUAAUGACUUUGGUUUUCCAUCCACUGUCACAGGUGACGCUGCCUUGGGAGCCAGUGAAGCCAACCCUGCUGUGUCUGAAGAUGCCUUAUUCAGGGACAAGUUGAAGCACAUGGGGAAAUCCACCCGGAGGAAGUUGUUUGAACUUGCCAGGGCCUUCUCUGAGAAGACUAAGAUGAGGAAGACAAAGAGAAAACAGUUGUUGAAGCACCAUUCGCUGGGGACUGCAGCAUCUACAGCUAAUCUCCUGGAUGAUGUGGAGGGUCAUGCCUGUGACGAAGACUUCCGGGCAAGGAAGCAGGAGACACUCAAGGAGGAGGAAGCACCCAGAGAAGGACAGUAAGGGGUGCCAGAGGUCACCGGAGACUAAAUGCCCUAUGGGGCAGCCAAGUAGUGAAGGCCUGUCCUUAGCUGCCCAGACCUGCUGCAGUAAGACAGAGGGUGUGUGAGCAUCGAGGCACCAAGUUUCUCCGGCCAGAGCUCUCUCUGCUCCUCUGAAGCCUUGCUUCCAGCUGCCUCUUGUCCUUCCUUUCUUGUGCAGAUGUUUUGGAACUUUGGGAUUGCCAUAUUGUGGUUGGAGGAAGCACCUGUGGCCCCACUAAGGACAGCAGCCAAUCACAGUUUUCUCUUGUAGCUGUGUUGUUUUAGGGGCAAUGAGGGGAGGGGGACUUUCCCCUCUCUGGAUUUUUUUUUUUUUUUAAUGUUUCUGUAGCCUCUUGGCUUCCCUUUCCUCACUCCCACCAUUCCUCUCCCUAAAGGAGCAGGUCCAAUCAGUGGGAGGGCUGGACACAUAAAGCACAGGCCCAGGUUAAUGUAUGGGCAAGGACAAAAUGAACCCUCUUCUUACCCCUCUCAACUCCCCAUCUUUCUCUCAGACUAGUCUAGACUCCACUGAAGAGUCUGAGACAUCAUCUAAUCCUCCCUGUCCCACUCUCAGCACCCUGAUCUCUUCCUUUUCUGAGCUCCUGGCUGCUGGGGUUUUUUUGGGGGAGGGCAGUAAGGGUUAAGUGACUUGCCCAGGGUCACACAGCUAGUAAGUGUCAAGUGUCUGAGGCUGGAUUUGAACUCAGGUCCUUCUGAAUCCAGGACCGGUGCUUUAUCCAUUGCACCACCUAGCUGCCCCCUGGCUGCUGUUUUACAGGAUGAGACUCAUCUUCCAUCCUUGUCUUCUCCCCAGAGGUCCCUCAGGCACAGGGAUGAAGAAACAGCAUCAAAUGGGAAAUCCACAUUUGGCUUGGGGUAGCAGAAGGGGAGGGCCCUAGAACCAAUAAGUGGGAGUGGUACAAGAAAGCCUCCCUGGGAGUGAUUGCCACCUCCCAGAGAAUGGCAUAGGGGUAUAGCUCUAGAACUGGGAAGGACCUUAGAGUCAUCUGAUCCAAACCGCUCAUUUUCCAAAUGAGAAAAUUGGGGCCCAGAGAGGUUCGUUGAUUCACCUAAGGUUACACAAGUAUUUCUUUGGCAGAAACAGGAUUUGAACUCAGGUUCUAUGACUUCGAGUUCAGAGAUCCGUGUUCAAUUUUCUUCCCACUGUGCUAUCAUGGGGAGAGCUAUCUGCCAUCAUACUGGAAGUUGUUGUUGGUGGUAGAGGACCCGCUAAUAGUCUGGAAUUAGCACAAGGGCAGGCUGGACCACUUGCUUCCCUUACUCAUGCUGGGAAAUAGAAUGGGUGCAAGUUGUCCAAUGUGGAAUCGGUGGAAGCAGAGAGCUACUGGGCAUGGUGACAGUGCUGCUGCACUUAGGGCUAAGCUUGGAAUUCCCUGCUAGGCUAGGGUGGUGUGGGAGAGGGAGGGAGAGGGGCACGAGUCUAGAAUCCUAGAGUCUGCUUGGCAGCGGGAGGGGAGGUUUCCCUUAUCCUCAGGGGAGUACUGGUCUUAAAUUGACCCCUAGUUCCUGAGGGAGGAGCUGGAUGCCCAUAAGGAGAAAAUAUUAAACUGUGAGACCUCUAGAACUAGAAAGAACAAUGGGGAGACAGCUGUUUUCUUAUGCAGUGUGCAGGGGCAAGGGGUGGAGUUGCCCUGGGUAUCACCUGCUUAGCUCUGAAAGCUGGCCUCAGAGCGAAAGUGCAGGCUGAGUCCUGUUUGGGGUGGGGAAGAAACCUGUUCUCAAGAGGAAGGUAGCUCUACAGGGGGCCUGCCUACCCACCUACUCCCUCACCUACUCACUGUCUCAGGGAGUUCACUCUGCCUCUUCACAUUAGUGGGUUGGCACAGGCAUGGGGAAAAGCUCCUCUGAGGAAUCAGGAAACUUGGAAAGGAGAGAGCUUUUAGGGCAGGGGCUUCUAGGUUCACUAAAGCACCAAAUCUCUACUGCCCAGUAUGGAGCUUGGACUUCUUGUUACUGGUGGGGUGGGGUAGGAGGAGGAACCUUAUAGCUUAUUUGGGGGGAGCCAAGAUAAAACCAUGAAAUUAUACUUAUAGUAAUCUUCCCCCCCUCCCCUUGGGGCAAGGAAGGAGGGAGGGAGGGAGGGAGAGAGAGAGAGAGAGAGAGAGAGAGAGAGAGAGAGAGAGAAAGAAAGAAACUAUGUGACUGGAGGGGGCAGGGUUUUACAGACUCAUGAUUUCUCCCGCUCCAUCUCCCAAGUUGCAGUGCUUUCUUCCCCAAACCCUGGGGGGCCCAAAGAAGGAAGGAUUCCACAGUGGGCGGCCCCCCCUGGCCAGUGGUUGGGCCUGGAAUGUGCUCAGGUCUGCUGGCUGGCAGGCCCAGGCCCUGGAAUGUGCCUGCAGCUACCAGGGGGAGAGAAGCCUUAUGAAAUGUAACCAAGUUUGGAAGUGUGUGCAGAGGUUGCUAGGGGUGAAGCUGGAGUGGGGCCACAGGUAACAGAAAGCGUCUUGGCAUAGGAAUGAAUAAUUCACAGCCUAGAAGGGGAAGGCCACCUUUUUUUUUUUCUUCCUUUCUCUCCUCCUUUCCUUUUGCUCUUCUCCCUUUCCCUUUUAGCUGCCAAGCUCUCCUCCUUACCCAGGUUCCUUACCCAGCAAAACGAUCUGUUUAGUUUUGAGGUUUCCCCCAAGGCUUCCCCAUCCCCUGGUGCUUCCUUCUAACUCUACAUGGACAAGGAGAAGAGAGCAAGGCUCCAAAGCUGCCUGACCCUUUCAUCUGGAGGUCAGCACCUCUACCCCCAGCCAGCUAGAGGGACAGCUCUUUCCCCUUCCACAAUACCAAUAUGGAUCAGGCUAAAGACUCAAGAGAUCUGAGGGUCCCCACCCGGGGCUCCUACAAUCUAUUAUUCCUCAGAGGACAGGGAAAGGACCUGCUUUAGCUACCAUGUUAUCCAAAACUAAAUGGAAAACAAAACACCCACCCUGCCCCAGUCUCUCUUACACCUCAGGAGAGAGGGGAGUGAAGGAUGCUGGGGUGGAAGUAGCCAAAGCAAGCUACAUUCAGAGACUCAUUUCUCCUGCAAAUGAAAAGUUGUUCACUUCUAGCAAAGUUUGUGCAGUGAGGAAUACAUGAAAAUUCUUUUAAACAAACAAAACCCCAAGCACUUGGGGAAUUCAUAAGGUGGAAACCCAAUCUUGAGGUUUGUGAGUGUUGGUUGCUAUGUUAGGUUUUGUUUCCACAUGUGGUGUUGUUGCUGUUGUUUUUUCUUAAAGAUGUUUAAUAGGAAUUCAUAUAAUAAAGUCAUGGUGUACUCUUAACUUUCAGUCAUGGUCUGGGCUGGGUGGGUCUAGAAGGACAGCAGGAGAAAGAGUGGCAGUCCCCCAGGCUGACCUCAAGGGGCCCUGUGAGGCCCAGGGCAGCCACUUCCUUUCUUCCUCUUUUCCUGAUCCUUUCUCAUUUUCUUGCUCCAGCUUUUUAUUCAGGAUGGUGCAUUUCUAAGGGGUUAAGAGACUCCUUUCCCAAGGACAGUGAUACCUGUUUCCAGGUCGGUGGACUCUUAAUUAUCUGCUUGGCUUCUCCCAUCACCAAGCACCUUUCCCCAGGCUGCCCUCUCCCUGUUACCCAGCCGGUGUUUGCUUAGGGAAGGUAAACUACUUCUGUUAUUAGCUUAAGCAAAACACAACCAGGAAGGUUGGUCUCUUACAAAAGCAUUAUAUAAUUUUAUUCCCAAAUCAAAUAGGAAAUUAUUUUUUUAGGUUGCCCGUGUCAUAUACCACUAUUAGUUCAGAAAAUCCAGGCAAGAUUGGAGGUGAGAGGGUCUUUUGGAACAAGGUCACUGACUCCAUACAAGUGCUGGAUCACCAAGUACCCCAUCCAUUCAUUCAAAGGGUAAACACAGGUGUUCGGAACUGAGGCAAAGAAAGGCAACAAGCACGGAUUGGUUGCUUACUGUAUGCUGUGUGCUGGGGGUACAAAUAGAAGCAAAGAAGAAACAGUCCUUUCCUCAAGGGGCUUACAUUCUACAAGGAAAAGACAACAUGUAAAAGGGAGCUCAGCAGAAGUAUGAGUGUAGGGAGGUGGGAAAGGUAUUGGUGUGGGAGUCUGGAGUCAGAAGUAGAACUGGUAGGGGAUGGCCAGGGUCUCUUCCUAAAAUAAUGUCCCCCAUUAUAAUUCUUAUGGCAUUAUUUGGAGGUUUUUUGAGUGAUUGUGUCAGGAGCUCCAAGCACUUACUGCCUUUCCUCUGCCAUCUUGGCUCCACCCCCCCC